CAUGUUUAAAGGUUCUUCAAUCAAAAUUUUACUUAUUGGACCACAAUAAUCAGGAAAAUCAAGACUUGCAAAUUAUAUAGCUGAUAGAGAAGAUAUUUCAUAAAAUGGAUAUAGACCAACAGCUGGAGUUAGAAUUUUGGAAUUUGAAAAAGAGGCACCUAAGAAUCCUAAAAGACCAGGUUCAGAAAAAGUAAUUGUUGAGCUUUGGGAUAUGAGUGGAGAUAAUAAGUUUUUAUUAUUCAUUAAAUCAGAUAUGAUUCCUGUUGGCCUGCAGUAAUGAAGGAUGCUUAAGGAGUUAUAUGUGUAUAUAAUGCAGAGAAUCCUAAGCAUGAAUAAGAAUUAGAAUGGUGGGUGAAUCAAAUAUCAAAGAAAGCUGGUAUUCCUGCAGCUCAAAAUGUUGUAUUUGCUCAUCAUUUGACAGGAAAGGCUAUUAAGGGAUAAUCAAAAUUGCGUAAUAUUUGAAUUUCUAAAUAUUUCAGCUAAAUCAUUAAGUAGUUUAACAGUACAUGAUACUUCAAUAGAGGAAGGAAAUCAGACAAUCCAUCCAGCUUUUGAAAAAUUUUUCAAUUCUUUAAUGUUGAGUAUUUAUGAAAAAUAAGAGAAAGAAGAAAAUAGAUUAAUGAAUUGA